AUGUUCGCCAGGAAAUUUCUGCAGAAAUCCUCCGGCGGUCAGAAGCCUGCUCCAGCUCCUCCUCCACGGGGGUGUUUGAUAACCGAAGACUUGGAUCCACGUAUUGUCACCCACCAUGGGAUACCUUCGACGGCAUCUCUUCUUGCCUUUGACCCUAUCCAAUGCCUCUUGGCUGUGGGAACACUAGAUGGAAGGAUAAAAGUGAUUGGUGGUGAUAACAUCGAGGCGAUUCUUGCAUCUCCCAAGCAGUUACCUUUUAAAAACUUAGAGUUCGUUGAGAACCAAGGCUUUCUGGUCAGCAUCUCAAAUGAAAACGAGAUUCAGGUUUGGGACCUGGAUCUUAGGCAGACAACGUCAAGCCUAUGCUGGGAGUCAAACAUUACAUCAUUUUCAAUCCUUCAUGGCACUGGUUACAUGUAUGUUGGGGAUGAGUACGGUAUGGUGUCUGUUCUAAAGUACAGUGUUGACGAAGGGAAACUCGUGCACCUUCCUUAUUAUGUUCCAACUGAUGCUUUAGCUGAAGCAGCGGGGCUUUCAUCUCCUAUUGACUAUCCAGUUGUUGGACUUCUUUCUCAGCCUUGUUCAAAGGGAACUAGAUUGUUGGUUGCAUUUUCAAAUGGAUUACUUUUUCUUUGGGAUGCAUCAGAAGAUCGUGUCGUGUUAGUUCGAGGGAACAAAGAUCUACCUGUGGAGGGCAAGACAGUCGGUGACUCUCUGGAAGCCUCACACGAUGAGCCUUCUGACCUUGAAUUAGAUGGAAAAGAGAUAAGUUCUUUGUGUUGGGCAUCAGCUGAUGGUUCAGUUCUUGCUGUUGGUUAUGUGGAUGGGGAUAUCGUAUUUUGGGACUUUUCUGAAGGGCAAAAGGGGAAGCCAUCUAAUCAUGCUGUUAAGUUACAGUUGUCUUCGGCUGAGAAAAGACUUCCUGUCAUUGUUAUGCAUUGGUGUUCAGAUGUAUCUCGCAAGAAUUGUGGUGGAAAACUCUUUAUCUAUGGUGGUGAUAUCAUUGGUUCUGACGAAGUACUGACGAUGUUGGCUCUUGAUUGGUCUUCUGGUAUGGGAGGCCUGAAAUGUGUUGGCCGUGCUGACCUGACCCUGAGUGGUUCAUUUGCUGAUAUGGUCUUGUCUCCUAUUGCUAGUUCAAGGCAAAGUGGGAUGUUUUUAUUUCUGCUGACAAAUCCAGGACAAUUGCAAGCGUAUGACGAUACCUCUUUGGCUUCUCUGAUGUCUCAGAAAGAGGAUAAUAUUUCUGUUUCUCCGCUGCCAUAUCCGAUGGUUGUACCAACGAUGGAUCCACAUAUGACAGUAGCAAUAUUUGCUGCAUGUAAUGUGAAUGAUAAGACGUCACUGGCUCUUUCUGAGAUAGUCUUAGCUGCGAAAGCUCGAACCCCACGUACUCCAUCUAGUGAAAGUGCACAAUGGCCUUUAACAGGUGGUGUUCCAAGCUACCUUGAUGACUACAAGCUUGAGAGACUGUACAUGGCAGGAUAUCAAGAUGGUUCUGUGCGAAUAUGGGAUGCAACCUAUCCAUGUCUAUCUCUUAUUUAUGUCUUGGAUCCAAAGGCAAAUGGUAUUGACAUAACUGGAGUAGAUGCAUCAGUAACAGCAUUCUCCUUCUGCUCGAAGACUUCUUGUUUGGCUGUUGGUAACGAAUGUGGUAUGGUUCGCCUAUUCAAGCUGGUCGGCCAUAAAAGUGGAGGAACUUUGGAAGUUGUUACCAACACUGACAAGCAAGCUCACCCUUUCCAUCAAGAAGAUGGACCUCAAUGGUUGGCUGCAUAUUCCUUCCUGAGUUCCCCAGUUUGCACCCUCCGAUUUGUACAGUCUACAAGAAGGCUUGCUGUGGGAUUUAAAUGUGGCAGGGUUGCAAUGCUCGACAUUGGUGCGCAAUCAGUAAUGUUCGUUACGAAUAGCUUAUCUGACUCUGGUUUCCCGAUCAAGUCACUCUGUGUGAAAUCCUCUCCAGCUCCAGCUGGCUCAUUAAGUGGUCCAACUGAUCAUAACUCGAUUGAUUCCGACGCUCAUGAUGAUUUAAUAUUGUGUGCAAUGACAAAGGAUGGGCAGACCAUUCUUUUCGAUGGCAAUACUGGGAAAAUGCUCGCCUCAUGCUUGAGACCUCUGAAGAACCCAACUGCGAUUUGUAUGCACAUUCUAGAGGACUGCUAUGAAAACUCCGAAAUGCCCAGUGAAAACUCAGCUAAAAAUCCAUCUGGGAAGGAGAAACAUGAGAAAAACUCUCAUACGACCAGUGAAAGUGAGAGUCAUUCACCAGGUGGUGAACAGAAUGCUGUUACAGAAACAAAACUUGUUGAUCAGAGAUUUGCGAAUUCAUUAUUUCUAAUGUGUUCUGAGGAUGCACUGCGCUUGUAUUCUUUAAAGUCUCUAUCCCAGGGAAGUCUUGAGAGCAUUACGGAGGUAAAUCUUCCAAGGCCGUGUUGCUGGAUGGGAACCCUAAAAAAGGAUGAAAGGGAAUGUGCAGUACUCCUGCUUUACCGAACAGGGCAUAUUGAAAUAAGAUCUUUCCCGGAUCUUGAAGUUGUGAGAGAGAGCUCUUUGAUGUCACUUCUUAGGUGGAACUUUAAGCCUAACAUGGAGAAGACAGUAUGUUCCGAUGAUUUCGGCCAUGUCGUCCUGGUAAAUGGUUGUGAAGUUUCCAUCCUUUCGGUUUUGGCCCAUGCAAACGGCUUCAGGAUUCCGGAGUCUUUACCUUUGCUUCAUGACAAAGUCCUUGCAGCCGCUGCUGACGCUACCUUUAGCCAUUUCCCUGCUCAUAAGAAAAACCACGAUGGCGCUCCCAAAUUCCUAAGUGGCAUUAUUAAAGGCUUCAGAUCAAGCAAUGAACAGAAGGUGGACCAAAUACAAGACUUCUCCCACUUGGGGAACAUCUUUUCUAAUCCACCAUACUUAAAGCCUUCUGCUACCGGUGACGACGAUGAAAAGAUUGUCGAGCUAAACAUAGAUGACAUCGAGAUAGAUGAACCUUUAAUCAUCUCGCCUAUAACCGAGAAAGACAAGAAAGAAAAGAAAGAUAAGCGAACGGAGAAGGAAAGACUGUUUGACGGUGCAUCCAGUGAUGCACAGCCCAAAACGAGAACCGUGGAUGAAAUUAAGGCCAAAUACAGAAAAGCAGGGGAAACUUCAGCAAUAGCUUCACAAGCAAAGGACAAGCUUCUUGAGCGUGGAGAAAAGCUUGAGAGAAUCAGCCAACGAACAGCUGAGCUCCAAGACGGGGCUGAGAACUUUGCAUCCAUGGCACAUGAACUUGCUAAGCAAAUGGAGAAGCGAAAAUGGUGGAACAUAUGA